AUGGCGGGUGUUCUUCUGAAUGCGUAUCUCGAGCUUCUCGCAUUUGGCCGAUACUCUGACUUCAUCAUCCACUGUCAAGGCUAUGAAUUCAAAGUUCAUCGCGCAAUUGUUUGUGCAGCGUCGCCAAUGCUCGAUAAAGCAUGCGGCGGGCUAUACGUGGAGGCAAGUGAAGGGCGCAUUGAUCUUUCCGAAGACGAUCCAGAGAUUCUGGCCAGGGUUCUCCUCUAUCUCUACACGAACGACUACGAGGCCAAAACAGUGCCGUCCUAUCUUGAAGGAGUCACUAGGAAAUCAGAAUCCCAAAGUGUGCCGGCCAUUUCAUCGGUUCAACCCAAGGAGAACGAGGCCUUGACGCGCCUGCUGAGGAUUCACGCUCUUGUCUACAGAUCCGCGGACAUGCUGGGGGUAGAAGGUCUGAAGGGCAUUGCAUCUUCGAGGUUUCUAGACGUGGCCGAGAUUGCCUUGACUCUCGCUCCCGACACUUUGGCAGAGCCGCUCAAGAUCAUGUUCGACUCGACUCGUGAAAACGAUCUGCGCCUGCGAAAUCCGGUCCUGAUCCUGUGUCUCGAGAACCAUGCCAUCAUCGCUGAACACAAGCCGAUAGUCGAGAUGAUGCUCAAAUACGAGCCGACUGUGUGGAACAUCAAGCAGUCACUACUCAAGGAGUCGAAACCCAAGACGGAGAACAGAUUGGGGAUCUUGAAGCCAUGGUACGAUUGUGCGGGCUGCAACAAGGAAUUUCACAAGGACGAGAUUCUCAAGUACAGAGUCGACGAGUCGCUACGAAUUGAGGCCUGGUGUGGUUUGAUCUGGUGUGGUUUGAAGUGUGAGUUGUAA